UGUUAGUAGUCCGCUUAUGAUUACCAUUAACAUCAAAUACCAUUAAUCUUAUCUUAUACUACUAAUAAUUAACUACAUAACCUUACCUGUGUAAAACGUUUACAUGAAUAUCACUGAAUAUCUUGAGAUCGUUUCACCGAAGAUUUAAGAGAAGUGGGAGGAGUGUUUAGUGCAGGAUAUCUCAACAAAUAGAUUUGAAGAUUCAAAAUGGGGAGGAUGUACCAGAAGAUGGCUCUUUGCGGUGGUGAAGGUGGGAGUGAAUGGGACGAUGGUGUAUACGAGGGAGUAAAGAAAGUGUAUGUUGGGCAAGAUCUCUCACGUAUCACUUACAUCAAAUUCGAAUACGUGAAGGAAGGCGGCGAAGUUGUAACACGUGAAUAUGGGACAGUAACUCAAGAAGACCCUAGAGAGUUUGUGAUUGAAUAUCCGGAUGAACACAUCACAGCGGUGGAGGGAAGCCACAACAAAGUGGCUCUGAUAGCCACGGAAGUGAUCACGUCCCUUGUCUUCAAGACAUCAAAGGGUAGAACGUCUCCAACGUUUGGUCCAAACUUGUUUGGAGUUGUCAAUGGUACAAAGUUCAAGUUCGAGGACGAGGGAAAGAAGAUUGUAGGUUUCCACGGACGGUCAGAUAAAGCUGUCGACGCUCUUGGAGUUUACCUUGAACUAGACUCUCUGACCACGCCUUUCCCUAUUUACAAGCUUGAAGCCCAAGGUGGUAAAGAGGGGAGUGUUUGGGACGAUGGUUGUUUCGACGGUGUUAGGACGGUGCGUGUUGGUCAAGAUGAUUGUCGUAUCACUUAUUUGGAGUUUGAGUACGUGAAAGGUGCGAGGUUUGAGACACGACACCAUGGGGUGAAAGGAGAAACCCAAUCUGAGUUUGUGGUAAAUUUUAUGAAUGAACACAUCACAUUGGUGGAAGCAACCUAUGAUAACCCGAAGCUUUUCCGCAAUACCGUCAUUACCUCACUUAAGUUUGAAACAUCAAGGGGCAGAACAGCAAUCUUUGGGUAUGAAGUUGGUAAGAAGUUUGUGCUGGGGCAAAAUGGGGGUAGGCUUCUCGGAUUCCAUGGAAAGGAAGGUGAAGCUAUCGAUGCUCUUGGAGCUUACUUUGAAGACAUUCCCGUUCCCACUCCCCCUCCAGUGAUAGGAGAUUCAUGGGGUGAUUAUGGUAUCUACGAUGGUGUGAAGAAGAUAAAAAUAGGACUCUAUGAGGAAGGUAUAGCCUUUGUCAAGUUUGUGUACAUUAAAGGCAAUGGCCUUGUAACUGGUGAUGACCAUGGGAAGAUAACUUCACUUGGCGCUGAAGAGAUUGUGCUUGAGAAUGGUGAAUAUCUCACAGGCAUAGAAGGCUACUAUAGACCUAUACCUCGUGCACCAUUUGGAAAGACUGUGUCUAUUAAGUUCAAGACAAACAAAAGGGAGACACCUCUGUAUGGAUUGGAUUCUGGUGAGAAGUACUCGUUUGAGGAGAAAGGCCACAAGAUCACAGGGUUCCAUGGACGAGCUACCACCGAUGUCAUCUACAGUAUCGAAGCCAUUUCCAGGCCAUUCUAGCUGAUAAUCUGCUAGUCACAUCGACUAAAUUUCAGUAAGAGAUUGGUGUGUGUUUCUCUUUAUGAAUAAUAAUAUUACUUUCAAUAUACUGGUGUGUAAACUCUUUUAUAAUUUUGCUAUUCUUGUUUCUUUUGAGACCCUUCAAAUAUAGUUUACCUAUCUU